AUGGACACGAAUAUGCUCCCGCCAGUCAACGCCAUCGUGGCUGGACUGAAUGACGCGGAGGCCGUUUCAACCAUUCUUGCAGGUAAAGGCGAGGACAUCACGUGUUCAAGCGGAAAUUCCUUUAAAAUGUCGGUAAACGGCAUCGAAUUCGGUCUUUGUUUCUCAGGUCCUUCAGGUUUCUCGAUGCAUGGCAGCGAUAUGGACAUCAAGGUCGAGUACGUGGAGAAUGACACGCCUAUUGUAGCGCCAACAAUGGAUAAAAGCGCUAGAGCUCAUUGCGAAAAGGUGGCGUCGCCCACUUCUGUCACUUCCCUCGGGAAAUAUUUUCUAACUGGAGAGGAGAUUCCCGCCGAUACAAGAAAAUUGAAGCCGGCGUUCGAAUUUUUCGAGACAGACGGCUCCUGUUCGUGCAAGUCGAAGCCACGUCCGUGCGUGUUUAUCCACGGUUUGGGUGUUCUUGAGGAGGAGGAGGAGAACCUCGAUACCUACAACUACUGGGGCAACCUGACAGGCCACACGCCGUGCUGCUCAAGCACCAAAUAUGCCGUCCUUAACACGGUGAAUAACUCCUGGACCGAUUUUAUUCAGCAGCAGAAAGUGUGCGAUCACAUUCUCGCAGUGAGUGAGACGAGCAAUGGCACUAAGGUUUCGGAUACAAUUAUCGUCUCGCACUCCAUGGGCGGACUUAUGGUCGCAGGGGCGAUUGCAAACGGACUCUGCAGUCUCGAUAAAAGCACCGCGUGGGUCAGCACAGGAUCACCUAUCACGGGUAGUAUGGCGUCGGAUUACUUCGAGGAAUCCUGCAAGGACCAGACUAAUGCUUUCAUGGAGCGAUUUGUUGAAUCGACGGGCUUUUGUCCUGCAGACGACGGUAUCAAGUCUCUGGCAUAUAUACACGAGCGCUAUAGUAAUCCUGUCCUGAACGUGGCCUACGAGGCGGCUCAAAAGGCAUAUCGAGAGAAUGUGUACGCUCUGAUGUGCAGCGACAGCUAUGCCGGAAUUCUUUCGUCAUAUCAGGUUGGCUUCUGGAUUAUGGGCAGCGUGAUCUCACAUAAAUCUCGUAAAAACGACGGUAUGGUUGAAUUCCACAGCUGUGCCGGCGGGUUUCCCCCGUCCAAGUUUGGUAGCGACUAUCAGGAUCGCUUUUACGUGUCGAAACUCAACCACUACGAUGUGGCAUUCAAAGGAGGUGAUGCUCUUUUGGAUAAAGCGAAGAUGCCAGUCAAGUGGUUUGAGUGCCUACUGUAG